UGCGACGCACCCCACCAAGGGGCCACAAAAGAGAUACGGGAAAAUUUUUACAGGGCCCUGUAAAACGUUUGAAGUGAAGCAACCAAAUUUGAACCAUUCUGGUGAACAAAAAGUUGGCUGUGGGAGAUUGCCACCGUUUGCUCUUUUUAGCUACACUUCUUUGCCCCCCUUUCCUCGGUUCUCAUUUUGUAAUGGCUUCAAAAGGUAGCACUCCGGUUCUUCCCUCUGACGGAGAAGACACUCCGUUGCUCUACCAUGCACUCACUUCUCCUGCUGCGUACCAAGGACUGUCGAACUCACAACAGUUCAGCAGCGAUGUUUCUGAUUCUGAGGAUUUUCACCUAGAGGAUUCUAGAAGACCCUCAUUCUUGGGAUUCGAUUUAACAGGCUCUCAUAUCAAACAGUCGAAGGAAACUGAUAGGUUGAUUAUGUACUACCAGAAGAAGUCGCGAGCCAACAUUGUCCGUGAACUGAGACCACAAAAGUUGAUUGGGAGGAUUGGGCCUCUAUACGAUUGGCAGUGCUGUUAUAAGGAGGAGUCAGAACUGGAGAAGCUGCCGAAGCGAGUACGAUCGUUCUAUGAAGAUCAAAACUCGUUGAUUGAAAAGUACCAGGAGGUUGACAAGUUGUUGGAUUCCGGCAUCCACCAUACCAUGAUCCAAAAUUACAGUGAACGUAACGACGGUGAAAACAACGGGAGAAACGGCAGUCAACAGAGCCAGGAUAACAACUACCCAGAUUUGGAUGCAAACUCACACCACGCGAGUGAACAGGCGUUGAGACCACCACGUCCACAACUGCACAGAAGAGCAAGCGCCGUCCCAGGUGAUGUUGAUUUGGAAACUGGCAAUGUCCUUGGAUAUAACAAGGCUGAUGAGAUUGCCAUGGUGAACUUUGCGAUAUUGGUGAAUUUCUUUGCCAAUAUCGUGUUGUUGAUUGGUAAGAUGGUUGUUGCAAUGCUCACAUCUUCGAUCUCUAUUUUUGCAUCUCUAUUGGAUUCGGCGUUGGACUUCCUCUCCACUUUGAUCAUUUAUGCUUCAAACACAUUGUCACAAUCAAAACAUUCAAAGGAUUAUCCUGUGGGGAAAAAUAGAUUAGAGCCAAUUGGUGUGCUUGUUUUCUCAAUCAUCAUCAUAAUCUGUUUUGCACAGGUUGGCCUAGAAGCCACUGAAAGGCUCCUCAAUCACCAGGAGGGAGACCCCAUCGUUGAGAUUGGAAUAACGUCAACAUUAAUUAUGCUCGCCACAAUCGUUUGUAAGCUGGGUUGCUAUAUCUGGUGCAAGUCUAUAAAAUCAAGCUCUGUGGAGGCAUUGACACAGGAUGCGUUAGUUGACGUUGUUUUCAACUUCUUUUCUUUGAUCAUGCCACUUCUGGGUCAUCAUUUCCAAAUAUUUUGGUUUGAUCCUAUUAGUGCACUUUUGCUCUCUAUUUAUAUCAUUGUCCAAUGGACAGUGACAUCUAUUGAGCACAUUUCAAAUCUCACUGGUAGAAAUGCAGACCCCGAAGAUUUCAAAGUGAUCCUUUAUCUCUGCAUGAGAUUUGCUGAAAAGAUACAAAUGAUCAAAGAUAUUAGUUGUUACCAUGUUGGUGAUUCCAUUAACGUUGAAGUCGACCUCAUCCUCGAUGGAAGAUUAACUCUGAGAGAUAGUCAUGACAUUGCAGAGGCAUUGCAAUACACAAUAGAGGCUCUCCCAAUCAUCAACGUUGAACGUGCCUUUGUCCAUAUCGAUUAUACAGUCGGUAACUUUAGAGGACAUCUCACUUCAUAGGAGGAGCCAAAGAUAUUUUCUUUCUUCUCCGACUAUAAACUAAUUGAAUUGCACCGUCACUCCAGGUCAAUACUGAUGGUUUUUAACUUGUGGAAGUGGGAUUGUGAUGAUGAAGAUUAAUCGGAUUAAGUGAAUUUCCAAUCCUAAUAUAUUCACGUGGUACAUGGAUCUUCGUGUACGUACAUUUAUAUUCCUUCUUCUAGAGACGCAAAAAUGUAUAAUACCUACAGUGUCUAAAUAUGUUUCAGCAAACGGCCUAGAUGGUUGAGUGUUGAAUCUCCAGGAUAAUAUAUUUGCUUUCAUGGGAGUCUUGACUUCCGUGACCUUCAUG